GUGCGUUAAUUUGUUAGAAUGAACUGUGGUGAGUUUUGUGAGAAUGAGGCAAAAGGGGUUGUUCAAAGUUUGGUGUUGGAUAGUGAGAAAAGUGAAUUAGUGAAGGCUAGUGGAAGAGUGGAGAAAAAAAUUGGAAAAUCAGAGGGGAAAACAAUUGCUGCAUUGAAGAGCCAUAGCGAGGCAGAGAGGCGAAGAAGGCAGAGGAUCAAUGCUCAUUUGUCCACACUCAGGAAUCUUGUGCCAUCUUCUGAUAAAAUGGACAAAGCAGCAUUGUUAGCUGAAGUAGUAUGUCAAGUAAAACAACUGAAGGAAACAGCAACUCAUGUUAGUGAAAGGUUGUUCAUACCAUUGGACUCUGAUGAAAUAAAAGUUGAAAUAAUUGCUGAAAAUGCAAUAGAUGGGACAUGUAUUUACAGGGCAUCCAUUUGUUGUGAAUACAGGCCUCAUCUUUUAUCAGAUUUAAAGGAAACUAUCAAUUCUCUUCAUGUGAAUUUAGUGAAGUCAGAAAUAUCAACGUUAGGAAGUCGUGUGAAGAACGUGUUUCUCUUCACGAAUUUGAUCGAUGGAGGAUGUGCCAAUAUUGAGGCUGGGGAAAUUUUCUUAUCAUCUGUUCGACAGGCGUUUAGUUCUAUACUGGAUAAAGUUUCUGCAUUUCCAGAAUAUUCAGCCUAUCCGAACAAGAGGCAACGUAUUUCUUGCUUCGAUUCUUCAAGCUUAUUAUUCUGAUGACGAUUAUCGCCAUUUUAUUAGUAUCAUUCAACUGCUUG